CACAGUCAGCAUCUGGAACCUGUCCUCAAAAGCAAAGAUACUCCCUCAAACUUGAUGUCAAAGAUGGCAAGAUCUACAAUGAACAGAACUUCUUCCAGCGAGCUGCGAAGGCAGGCACAGUGGAGAAGUGGAAGAAGUGGCAUGCUGUGCCGUUGCUGGGAAUCCCCACUUGCGUUGGCUUUGGACUGCAUGCAGACAGCUACAGGUUUUUGGUGUUCUCUGACUUAGGGAGAACUCUUCAGUCUGUCCUGAAUGAUGGCUUAAACAUACUGAGGGAGAAGGCAGCUUUUCAGAUUGUAGUCCGGCUGCUAGACUGCCUGGAGUACAUUCAUGAAAAUGAGUACGUGCAUGGGGACAUCACAGCUGAGAACGUCUAUUUGAACCCAGUGGACCUCACACAGGUGACCCUGGCAGGCUAUUGCUUUGCAUUCCGUUACUGCCCGGGAGGGAAGCAUGUGGCUCAGCGUGAAGGCAGCAGGACCCCUCAUGAAGGCACGAUCGAGUUUAUCAGUCUGGACAGCCACAAGGGAGUGGGACCAUCUUGCCGGAGUGACUUGGAAUCUCUGGGCUACUGUCUUCUGAAAUGGCUCUGUGGCUUCUUGCCUUGGUCUGAUGAGCUGGACAAAGUAGAAACUGUGAUGGAGAAGAAAGAAAAGUAG